AUGGCUCCGUCGGCUGAGGACCUGGGGCGGGAGCUGGAGGCCACCGCCCAGGACGUGUUGGGGAAACUGAAGAGCCGCCAGCUGUUCCAGUCCGGUUGGGACACGGCCGCCUUUGUUGUCUUCAUCACCUUCAUCUGCACCGUGCUCUUUCUGCUGCUGCUUGUCAUCAUUCACUGCUGCUGCUGCUGUGACUCUCCGAGGUCCCAGAAGGUGAGCGCUGCAAAGCGGAGCCCCAAGGGGGUGGACAACUUGGCCCUGGAGCCUUAA